ACAAGUUGCCAAUCAAAUUAAUUUUCCCAAGAAGUAUCUUCUCCUUAUUAUUUACUCUAUAUUCCAAUUUACACAUACUUUGUUUCUUCCUCACCAAGUCUCCCCUCUCCUCCACAGGCACAGGUAUGUAAACUUACCCACCCUAGCUAGCGAAAAACCCAUUUCGAUUCCUCUCUCAUUGGUUAGCUCUUCCUUUAAUAUGGGCAAUUUGUUGGGCUGUGUACAAGUUGAUCAAUCCACCGUCGCAAUCAAGGAACAGUUUGGCAAGUAUCAAGAUGUGCUUGAGCCAGGUUGCCACUGUCUGCCUUGGUGCCUCGGAUUCCAGCUAGCUGGCUAUCUCUCCCUCAGGGUGCAACAACUGGAUGUACGCUGCGAGACAAAGACAAAGGAUAAUGUGUUUGUCAAUGUUGUGGCAUCAAUUCAGUAUCGUGCCCUGGCAGACAAAGCAAAUGAUGCUUUCUACAAACUAAGCAACACUAAGGGUCAGAUUCAGGCCUAUGUUUUUGAUGUCAUUAGAGCAAGUGUUCCAAAACUCAAUCUUGAUGAUGUUUUCGAGCAGAAAAAUGAAAUUGCCAAGGCUGUGGAGGAUGAACUUGAGAAGGCUAUGUCGGCUUAUGGAUAUGAAAUUGUUCAGACACUUAUCGUUGAUAUCGAACCAGAUGAGCAUGUGAAGAGAGCUAUGAAUGAAAUCAAUGCUGCUGCUCGGAUGAGGGUGGCUGCUAAUGAGAAGGCAGAGGCAGAGAAGAUUUUACAAAUUAAAAGGGCUGAAGGAGAGGCAGAGUCAAAGUAUCUCUCAGGGUUAGGUAUUGCAAGACAACGCCAAGCUAUUGUGGAUGGUUUGAGAGACAGUGUGCUCGGAUUCUCAGUGAACGUGCCUGGAACCUCAGCAAAGGAUGUUAUGGACAUGGUCCUCUUAACCCAGUACUUUGACACCAUGAAAGAAAUUGGCGCUUCCAGCAAAUCAUCUGCCGUCUUCCUUCCUCAUGGGCCUGGUGCUGUAAGAGAUGUGGCUAGCCAGAUUCGCGAUGGACUCCUUCAAGCUUCUGUGGACCAUUAAAUGUUCUACUAUAUCAGAAAUAUCAAAUGAGUUUCACUUGAAGUAGCCUUUUUCAUUUUGUGUUUACCUUCUGACGUGUGGAUAUAUUUGGUGAGUUUGAACUUUGGAUUUGUGAAUGUCACUAUUACCUGUAUAUUGGAAAAAAUUAAGAUCUCCAGACCUUUGAAGAAUUGUUAAGUACUGUUAAUAGAUUGAUUUGAUAUUUCUCCUCGUUGA